AUGUCUGACAAAAGUGAACUGAAGGCGGAGUUGGAACGCAAGAAGCAACGAUUAGCUCAAAUCAGAGAGGAGAAGAAAAGAAAGGAGGAAGAAAGGAAGAAAAAGGAAACUGAUCAGAAGAAAGAUGUUCUUCCUGUACAAGAAGAAUCUGAUCUUGAAAAGAAGAGAAGAGAAGCUGAAGCAUUACUUCAGAGCAUGGGGUUGACACCUGAGUCUCCUAUUGUCCCUCCUCCUACCUCUCCGUCUUCCAAAUCUGUGAGUACGCCAAGUGAGGCUGGAAGCCAGGACUCUGGUGAUGGCGCUGUUGGAUCUAGGACGCUGCAUUGGGAUACUGAUCCAUCAGUUCUUCAGCUCCACUCUGAUUCCGAUCUGGGACGUGGACCUGUUAAACUUGGAAUGGCCAAAAUUACACAAGUUGACUUUCCACCUCGAGAGAUUGUUACAUAUACAAAGGAGACGCAAACACCUGUUAUGACUCAGCCAAAGGAAGAUGAGGAAGACGAAGAUGAUGUGGUUGCACCAAAACCAUUAGUUGAACCUGAGGAAGAAAAAACACUAAAAAAAGAAGAGGAGGAAGAAGCUGCCCCUCAUGAACUUACAGAAGAGGAAAAACAACAGAUUUUGCAUUCUGAAGAAUUUUUAAGUUUCUUUGACCACUCCACAAGGAUUGUCGAAAGAGCUCUUUCUGAGCAAAUCAACAUUUUCUUUGACUACAGUGGAAGAGACUUGGAAGACAAAGAAGGAGAGAUUCAAGCAGGAGCAAAACUGUCCUUAAACAGGCAGUUUUUUGAUGAACGUUGGUCAAAGCAUCGUGUUGUCAGUUGUUUGGACUGGUCAUCUCAGUACCCAGAAUUACUUGUAGCCUCUUACAACAACAAUGAGGAUGCACCUCACGAGCCUGAUGGGGUGGCCCUCGUAUGGAAUAUGAAGUACAAGAAAACUACCCCAGAGUAUGUCUUUCACUGCCAGUCAGCAGUGAUGUCAGCUACAUUUGCAAAAUUUCAUCCCAAUCUGGUGGUUGGUGGCACGUACUCAGGCCAAAUAGUGCUGUGGGAUAAUCGCAGCAAUAAGAGAACCCCAGUGCAGAGAACUCCACUUUCAGCUGCUGCUCACACGCACCCAGUAUACUGUGUCAAUGUUGUUGGGACUCAGAAUGCUCAUAAUUUGAUUAGUAUCUCAACUGAUGGGAAAAUAUGCUCUUGGAGUCUGGACAUGCUUUCCCAACCACAG